AAUAAAAACCCAUAAUUUUCAACUUGGAUAAGUAUUAUCUUCGUGACAAUAAGCAGUAUGGGUCCAAAACAACUGAUACUAUUGGCUCUAGUAUUGAACCUUGCCAUAAAUGUGGUCUGUGUUCCAGAGAUUAUUCCGGAAUAUGUUUACGAAUUCGGUAAGAAAGGCCGUGGAGUAAAAAUAUAUGAUAGUCAUAGUUGGAUUGGUUGGCUUCGAUUUAAUACAAAAGUCAAUAUACCUAGUCCACCAGACACUCAAGUAAGCUACAUUAAAGUGACAGUGCGAGCGAUUAACCCUCCCAAAGUCGACUACGAUGACAAAACUAGAACCGUCAGUAUAAAAUACUCGCUGGUCGAGUUUUCUGGCAGUUCGUACGAUAUUUAUGCUGAAGGUAUAAAGUUACAAUAGAAAUAUAUCAAAGGUAUUGGUUAUCCAGAAUUUCAAGAUACGGAAUUUCUCUUCAUUGUAUCUGAAAUUGUAUAAUUUGUUUCGGUAAGCAAUAAAUCAGAAGUAAAAA